AUGUCUAGUGAGAAUGAUAUAAGAGCUAAACGGUUGGCGAGAUUGGCAGCCCUUGGUGGAGCCAGUAGUACUCGAAGUGCGCCUGUAGAUCAAACUAAGGAAGAGGUUCAGGAGACUGAAAAGUCAUUGCCACCACUGGCACAGACAGUUCAAACUCCUGCAUCUACACCUGUAGUGGUUCCUGAACAUAUAUCUACUCCAACUUCAGUUCCUACUCCUAAUCCUAGUGUUGUUUCAGCUAAUCCAGUUAAGACUCCUAUCUUAUCUGAGCAAGAACAAACUUCGGAAUGGUUUAAAAGAGAGUUGGAAGUAUUAUUUAUGGCAACAGUUGAUCCUACUCAUACUUCACGAGGAUUAUUGGUAUUACCAGGAGCAAUUGCUGAACUUGAAGAUAAUUUAUUAGGAGAAGAUAGUAUUGAACUGAUAUUUAUGGAAAUAUUAUCAGAGAUUGGGAUUCCAUCACAUUAUAAAACUACUAUUGAAUAUUUAUAUAAUGUUUAUCAUAAUGCAUUCAGAUCCAAAAGAAUGUUACCAGUAAAGACUCCAUUAUAUCAAAUUAAAACUGGAAUUUUAAAUAAAGUUAUUAAAUUUGCUGCUUCGUAUGGAUUUAUAUCAUUUCAAGUUCCAGAAAUGUUUAUAAAUAAUGAUCUUGCCCAAUCUAUUGAUUUAUUUAUAAGAAGAUCAGAUGAUUUAACUCCAUUUUUAAUUGAUAUAAUUAAUUCAUCUAUUGAACAAGAAUCUUUAUUAACUUUUUUAAAUAUUUUUGUUCCAUAUAUUAGUGCAAAACUUCGAGGUAUUAAUAUUACUGAAAGAGAUUAUGUAAAUUAUAUUGCAAUUUUUGAAACUUUAGUUAAUAUAAAACCAGUGGCUAGUGUAUUUUCUCAAAUUGAAGGAUUUCAACCUCCAUCAAGAAGUCAACAUUUAGAUUUUGAACAUAAAACUUUAUUAGGACCUUUAUUAAGAUUAUCACCUUUAUUAGAUAAAGUUGGUAUAUAUUAUUUUACUGAUAAUGUUAAUAAUGUUCCUAAGACUCAAAUUGGUAAUAUUUAUGAAUCUUUACAAAAUGAAUAUAAAGUAUUAGUUGAUAGAUUAUUUUAUAUUAUUGAUAAAUUAAUAAGAGGAUCACUUGAAACUCGAGAAUCUUUAUUAAUUUGGUUAUCUGAAUUUAUAAAUUUAAGUCAUUUAAGAAGAGGUAGUCAUGCUGAUCCAACAAAAUUACCAUCAGAUGCAAUUAUGCUUAAUAUUUCUUUAAUUUUAAUAAGGUUAAGUAUGCCAUUCUUAGAUUAUCCAACAUUUUCAAAAAUUGAUAAGAUUGAUGUUGAUUUUUUUGCAAAAACAAAAUUAAUUGAUAUUCAUGAUGAAUCUAGAGUAAAUUCUACUAUUCAAGAAGCUGAUGAAUAUUAUAAAUUAAGAAGUGAAGAAAAUUUAUCGGCACCAAAUUUUAUAUCAAGUUGUUUUAAUUUAACUUUAGCUUAUUUACAUUAUGGUAUGGGAGGUAUUUAUAUUCAAUAUGAUAGAUUAAAAAAUCAAGUUAGACAAAUGGAAGAAAGAAUUCAAAUGAUUCAAAAUAAUCGUGUACCACCAGGAGUUAAUCCUGCUAUGGCAAGAAUGUUAAGUAAUCAAUUACCAAUGUUAACUAAAGGUCUUAAUAAUUUUCAAAUUACUAAACAUACAAUUCAAGCAAUUUUUAGUCAUAGACCAUUACAAUUAGAAAUAUUUGAUUUUAUUGUUGGAUCAACAACAUUUAUAACUAAAUUAAUUGAUCCAAAUCAUAAAUAUCCUCAACAAAAAUUAAAUAUACCAAUUUAUCAUAUUACUAAUGUAUCACAAUUAGAUGAUCAUGAUUUUCUUAAAACAAAAACUCCUGAACCAUGGAAAUAUUAUCCUGAAUUUAUAUUAGAAGGUAUAAUUAAUUAUUGUAAAUUUUCAACUAAUUUUAGAGGUUGUCCAUUAGUACAAAAUUUUGAAAAAUUACAAUUAUUUGUAGAAUUUACAACAAUUUUAUUAAGAUGUCCUGAAUUAUUAGGUAAUCCUCAUAUGAAAGCUAAUUUAGUUGAAGUUUUAUUUAUUGGAUCAUUACCAAUGCAAAAUGGUGAAGCAGGAUUUAUGUCACAAAUUUUUAAUUCAAAUAAAUUAGUUAUUGAUAAUAUUUUAUAUUCAUUAUUAGAUUUUUAUGUUAUGGUUGAGAAGACAGGAGCUUCAUCCCAAUUUUAUGAUAAAUUUAAUAGUAGAUAUUAUAUUUCAAUUAUUUUAGAAGAAUUAUGGAAAUUUCCUGCUUAUAGAAGUCAAUUAACUGAUUAUUCUAAAAAUAAUGUUGAUUUCUUUAUUAGAUUUAUUGCAAGAAUGUUAAAUGAUACAACUUAUCUUUUAGAUGAAACAUUUAAUGAAUUAAAUUUAAUUCAUGAUUAUCAACAAGAAAUUAAGAAAAGAUUAGAAGGUCAAGAAAAGAAUGAAGAAUUAGGUAAUGAUGAAGAAUUACAACAAAAAUUAGAAUCAAGUGAAAAGAAAGCUAAAUCUUAUAUGGGAUUAUCAAAUAAAACUAUGGAAUUAUUUAAAUUAUUUACAAAAGAAGUACCUCAAGGAUUUGUUUUACCAGAAAUUGUUGAUAGAUUAGCAGGUAUGUUAAAUUAUAAUUUAUCAAUAAUGGUUGGACCAAAAUGUACUCAAUUAAAGGUUAGUAAUCCUGAAAAGUAUGAUUUUGAACCUAAAAAGAUUUUAACAUAUUUAUGUGAAAUCUAUAGUAAUUUAAGUAAACAAGAAAAAUUUAUGAUUGCUGUUAGUAGAGAUGGUAGAUCAUUUAAUCUUGAUUAUUUUAAACGAGCAGAAAGAAUUUUAACUACUAGAACUUAUAUUGAAAAUAAUAUAAUUAAAAAUUUAAUUGAUUUAGCAGAAAGAUCAGAAAAGCAAAGAUUAUUUGAAGAAAAUGAAGAAUUAGAAUUAGGAGAUAUUCCUGAUGAAUUUUUAGAUCCAUUAAUGUAUACAUUAAUGGAAGAUCCAGUAAAAUUACCAAGUUCUAAGAUAAGUAUUGAUAGAUCUACAAUUAAAGCUCAUUUAUUAAGUGAUAGUACUGAUCCAUUUAAUAGAAUGCCAUUAAAAUUAGAUGAUGUUAUAGAUGAUAUUGAAUUAAGAGAAAAGAUUGAAGAAUUCAAACGUCUGAAAAAGCAAGAUAGAUUAAAAGAAAUCAGUGUUAGUGUAUCACAAGAUGUUGAUAUGGAAUAA